AAACGCUCUCAAUCUGAGAAAGUGGGGCAGGUUGGAUUCAACAGGGAAAGAGAAAGAAACCUCGAAAAUGUUCUAGUGGUUUGUAAAGUGAAGGUGACAGGGGCCACCGGUUCCGCCCGCGAUGUCAGACGCAGUUUGCAGGCGGGAUUGUAAGGAGACGAAGCUUCACUUACACACGUUACCUCACUGGUUCUUGCAGCGCGCGCUUAAUUGUAACCAGAAGAGAAAUUAAGCAGCCGUUUAAGAGCGAAAGCAGUUUUUGGUACCAACUUUGAAGAAGCUCCUGUGUGCUGGAGCAGCCGGUGGAUGUUGUGCCAUGGAGAUAAAGACAAGACUUCGAGCUACGCUGAUGUUAAUAUGGAUAUUUCAAGGUGACACCAAGGAUGUGGAGAUCCCCAGAAGAGACCUGGAGGUGGUCAGGGGCCAUAUGGUGAUGUUAGAGGCCUGGUACAGCCCCCUCUCAGACAUCAACAAAAACUCUGUCGUGUGGCUCUUAGAGGGGAAAGAAUCAAAGCCGGUAAUAACCUUUAGCUCAGGCGAGAUAGGGUACGGUCAGAACGAGUUCACCAAGAGAGUGGGCUUCAGUGCGCCCAUGCCCUCCGCCAACCUCUCCAUCUACAUCAACAACACCCAGGAGACUGACUCCGGGUCCUACGCCUGCACUGUCAUCAUCCCUGGAAGUGCUGUCAUUUUGGGAAAGGUGCGCCUUAAUGUCAAAGUCCCUCCUUCCCCCCCGCUGUGCACCCUGAUGGGGAACCCAGUGAUGAAGGGCAACGUGACUCUGAGCUGUCAGUCCAGUCAGGGAAAACCUGUCCCUCAGUACAAAUGGACCAAAGCUGCACCCACGUCCGAGGUGUUUUUUUCCCCCAUGCAGAAUGAGAGACACGGCACCCUCAGGCUGAGCAACCUCACUAAAAGCAUGUCAGGGAAAUACAUCUGCAGAGCCAUCAACACGGCGGGCUCCGACAGCUGCUCCAUUAACCUGGAGGUUAUCACCUCUUCCAAUGCAGGAAUGAUUGCAGCUGCUACACUGGGGUCCAUAGUGGGACUGGUGGCCAUGGUGCUCUUCCUCAUAUUCAUACUGAAAAGGAGAAAGGACACUGAGGAGGAGAUGGCCAACGAGAUCAAGGAGGAUGCUCAGGCACCAAAGAGAGUAUCAUGGGCGAAGAGUAACACCGGCUCUGACAUCAUAUCCAAGAACGGCACGCUGUCCUCCAUAGCCACCAGUCCUCGCCCCCGAGACCCCCGCCAUCCUAACUACAACUACCCAUACUCCCCGGCGUCCACAUCAGACACCGGCUCAGUUAUCCACGCCUACCAGCUGCGACCUGGAGAAGCCAACACACUGCAGGGUCUCCCGGGGUACAACAAUGGAGGAACCCCACGCAAACAUAAGAGACCCUGCAGCACAAAUGGGGACCCUGCGCAGCUUCUGAGGAGCCCUGCGGUCGCCAACAGGACUGAGGGGGCUCAGCCUCAGGUGCCCCCUCCCCUCGCUGUGUCCCCACAAAUGAGCUGCUCCACUCUGACACGCCUGGGCUCUGUAGCCAUCAUGGUGCCCCCGCAGAGCCAGGCCGGGUCGCUGGUGUAGGCCGGCCGGAGGACAGGGGUUAGGGGGGAGAGAAAGUAUGCCUUGAAACUCAAAAGCACUUUCUCUGUGAAGACUUAUAAGGAUGUGAGAGAAGAAAACGUCCCUUUGGUUGUUCAUUUCUUUUUGUAAGAAAUAUAUUUUUUAUUUACUCUUAUUAAGAGAACUUUAAUGAUACCCAGUAGCAUUAGGAUUUGUAGGCAGUGAACAUAAAAGGUCAAUGUUUUCAAGAGUUGUUGACUUACUACAGUUUAUGGAUACUGUAAACCAUGUUUCAGUUCAUUUGGCAGUUUGCUUAGUUUUGCAGUUCUUGCUAAAUAUAUGCUGGCCAAAUUUGUGUAAUAACUGUAGCCAUACAAGUGUAUGAUUUCAUUUCUACAGCUGUGUAAAGAUGCAUUUUCAGUCCCUUCUCUCAGGCUAAAGGCACUAUGUCAAAAUCACAAUUCAGGUAUUUCAAAUGUAUCAUUCUUGCUUUCUUUGAACCACAUGUACGUGUUAAGUGUUCACGUAAGUGUUGUUUUAUUUAACCUACUGCAAUAUCAGUAUGGUUCAAUGACACUGAUGUCUGCUGGGAGGACAUUUUUUUAUUUGCCUGUUAUGGUAGUUGGAAUGUUACCAAAAUAGUGAGUACAACAUGUUGAUGGUUUCUUACUAUUCUGUUCAAAGGUGUUUGUUUUAACUUGAUAUAAUUACUGUAAACACACAAGGCCAUCAGUCAGUGAGAUAAUAUGACCAAACUUCCGGCUGUUGUUCUUGUUUGUUUUCUUGUAAGUAUAAUGUAGCUCUGAAAAAAGAUGUGGCACUAAGCUAUGCUGAGGGUUACAUGUAGCACUUUUACUGCAGUUUUGAUUGUUGGUCAUUUUUUUUCAAUAAAGUGUUCUGGAGUGUUUCAUUUCA